AUGAAAGAGAAAAAGGAGACUGAAAACAAAAUGAAGAAAACGAAAAGGAAAGGGAGCGAGGGGAAGAAAAAGACAACAUCGAGCCAGUCGGCGUGGACCACACAGGAAGCUCUCUUGACGGACCUACGAGUCACUUCCGGCCAUCUGCUAGAACGCACUAGGCAUCCUCGCCAUGGCGGCAACGAACCAAGAGCUUGUUCUCGACUGACAAGUGGGUGUGGCGAUAUCCCCUUCUUCACAACCUCUGGCUGGCAGCUAUACACGCUGCACAUUUACCGGAAUCUUAAUGCCUGGUUCCCUUUCCCCCUUGGCGAAUCUGCCUGCUGUGGCAUCGAUGCCAGCAUUCGCAGCUAA